AGGGAAGAGUAUGCCAAAGCUCACGUAAAUGGAACAUACGGUUAGCGAAUUUCAUUAAAACGUUGGUGGAACAUGACGCUGCCGCGGUGCUUCAAAAAUGGUAUAAUUGUUUAACGAAUUUCGGCAUUGACAUCACAAUUCUAUUAUUAAAUUCGGGCUCGGUAAAAAUACGCUUUUGUGUCAAAUGGGGAGCGGAUACGCUAACUACUUACUAUUUCCCUUAUCGACGAUGUUAUUGUCAAAGAUCAUUAAAUAGAGGAGAAUAAAAUGGGAAGCUAAUGGACUAUUUUAUUCAGAUAAUAUACAAAGUUGCGCCAUAUCAUACCUAACCAUUAUAGUUCGCGUUUUGCUGUAUAUAAACUGCUGAAAAAUGAAAAUUUUGUUGGCCGUUGCGUAUCUGAUGGCCUCAGUGUACGCCGAAACUUUAACCCCAGAGGAACUGUCGAAAUUUAAAAAGAUCCGCGAACAAUGCAUGCAAGAAACUGCGGUGGACCCGGCCCUCGUAAAGAAAAUGCAGCAACACCAGUUCGACGAGAAAUUAAAGGACUUCUUAUUCUGUACUUACAAACGCCUCGGCUAUCAGAACGAAGCGGGAGAGAUACAAGGCGAAAACGUGAAAGCGCUAAUCGCAAGGAAAUUCAACAAAGAACUGGCCGACCAAGCAGAGAUGUUGUGCUUUAAGAUGAAAAACACACCUCAAGACACCGCUCUUGCAGUAUCUAAAUGUCUUUGCGAGCACGCCCCCAAAGACGCCAACUUUGAUGAUUUGUUCUAGCAAUAAAACUGUG